AUGAACGGUGACACCUAUUCCUCCAGAGACUCGGGUCGUCCCCGUGAUCACUUCCGCGACGAGCGCCGCGAUCGAGACCGAGGUGACAGAGGCGAUCGGGCAGAGCGAGGAGGAGGAGGACAAGGAGGAGGAGAGAGACGGCGAUCACGUUCUCCUCACUUUGGCUCGCGUGGUGCGCGACGUGAACCAGAGGCCAAUUCCUACUCUUCAAGCCGCGACUACCGUGCCCGAGAGCGAGAGGACCGCUAUUCCGGCCGCCGGGAAGACCGUGAAUGGGACCGAGGUGACCGUGGCGAGCGUGGCGAGCGCCCUGAGCGCCCUGAGCGCCCUGAGCGAGGAGAGCGUGGAGAACGUGGCGGAGACCGUGGUGAUCGCCGCCGACGCGAUUUCGAUGACAGACCCCGACGAGACCUAUUCGACGAACGACCUCGACGCGGCGGCCGCGAUGACCGCCGGGACCGUGGUGAACAAGAUCGUGGUGGUGACAGAAGGGGUGGAGGUGGUGGUCCUGGAGGCGACCGCGCUCCACGGCGCAGUGCUUCACCACCACGCAGGAAAGAGCCUACUCCAGACCUGACGGACGUGCCAUCAGUGUUGGAGCGUAAGCGUCGCCUGACACAAUGGGAUAUCAAGCCCCCCGGCUAUGAGAAUGUCACCGCUGAGCAAGCUAAGCUUUCUGGGAUGUUCCCUCUGCCUGGAGCCCCUCGUCAGCAGCCGAUGGAUCCCAGCCGUCUGCAGGCUUUCAUGAACCAGCCUGCUGGUGGUUCAGCCGAGACUACAGCUCUCAAGCCGUCUAACUCCCGUCAAUCGAAGCGUCUAUUCGUCUACAAUAUCCCCGCUGGCGCGACUGGAGACAGCAUCAUGUCCUUCUUCAACCUACAGCUUAACGGCCUGAAUGUCGUUCACAGCGUCGAUCCUUGUAUCUCUGCACAGGUGGCCGAUGACCAGUCAUUUGCCCUUUUGGAAUUCAAGUCGCCCAACGACGCGACGGUUGCCUUGGCCUUCGAUGGUAUCACUAUGGCGGAAGGUGCCGAAAAGGGCCUCGAGGUUCGCCGGCCCAAGGACUACAUCGUUCCCAAUGGAAGUGCGGAACAGGAGUACCAGGAGGGAGUGCUUCUCAACGAGGUGCCGGAUUCACCCAACAAGAUUUGCGUUUCCAACAUUCCCGCAUACAUCCCCGAGGAACCUGUCACUAUGCUGCUCAAGUCCUUUGGUGAACUCAAGUCCUUUGUCCUGGUCAAGGACGCUUCAACUGAGGAAUCACGGGGCAUUGCAUUCUGCGAAUACGCUGACCCGACAGCCACCACCAUUGCCGUGGAAGGUCUCAACGGCAUGGAGCUCGGCGAUCGUCACCUCAAGGUCGUCCGCGCUAGUAUUGGUACCACCCAGGCUGCUGGUCUCGACAUGGGUGUCAACGCCAUGUCUAUGUUCGCCAAGACCACCUCCCAAGAUAUGGAGACGGGCCGUGUACUUCAGCUCCUGAACAUGGUAACAGUGGACGAGCUUCUCGACAACGAUGACUACGAGGAAAUUCUCGAGGACGUCCAGGAGGAAUGCGCCAAGUACGGCAAGGUCUUGAGCCUGAAGAUUCCUCGCCCCACCGGCGGCAAUCGCCAGGCCGCUGGUGUCGGUAAGAUCUACGUGAAAUUCGAAACCCAAGAGUCUGCCUCUAGUGCCCUGAAGGCGCUUGCUGGUCGGAAGUUCUCGGAUCGAACUGUUGUUGUCUCUUACUUUGGCGAGGAGAACUUUGACGUGGAUGCUUGGUAA